AUGCAGGUUGAGGUCGACGAAAGGGAAGACACUGAGUGGAACGACAUUCUCCGCCAACAUGGUAUCAUUCCCGAGAAACCCAAAGACCCAGAACCUCUUAUUCAAGAGGCUCUGAUUGCUGCGCAGCACAGAGCGCACGAGAACCGUCUCGAAGACAAGGACCUUGACGAGCUGGACGCACUGGAAGAUGAGGAAGAUGAAGAUUUCCUCGCAGGCUACCGUGAGAAACGACUAGCCGAGCUCUCCAAGCUCCAAAAGACCAGCUUGUUCGGCCAAGUGUACCCGCUCCAGAAAGUCGAUUACGCCCGCGAGGUCACGGAGGCCUCGAACAGUGCUUUUGUUCUGGUCAACCUCACAUCAAUGGGCGGCAACGUCGAAUCGCGCGUGUUGACCGAGCUUUGGCGGCAAUUGGCUACCAAGUUCGGUGAUAUCAAGUUCUGUGAGAUUCGCGCCGAUAUGUGCAUUGAGGGUUACCCGGAGAAGAACACGCCCACAAUUUUGGUGUACAAGGAUACGGAGAUUAAGAGGCAGCUUAUCACACUGCAGCAGUUGAAGGGUCCUCGGACCAAGGUCGAAGACGUUGAGCGUUUGCUGGUUGACCUUGGUGCAUUGAAGGAGAGCGAUGUUCGUCUGAAGAAGCGUGACGACGAGGAGGACUACAAGACAGCUGAUGACUUGAACGUUGAAGAUUAUGAUGACGACUGGGAUUGA